GGGACCUCCCCCAGGUUGGCGUGAAGAGCUCGGCGCCUGACAGCGGAUCCCCCGGGAUCCAGGCUGCGCUCCGCGGCGCCCGAGCUCGGGCCGCCCCUAAAUGAGCGGAGCUCUGCGGAGCCGCAGCUCGGAGUGGGAGGAGGGACCUCGCGCGGCGUCUGAUUGGAGGAGCGACGCGGUGGGAUCCUUUCCGUCGGGAUCCCGUCUGGGGAGUCUUGGGGACGGGGGCGUCGCUGCGAAAAGUGCUGCUUCGGAAUUCUCGGCCACUUGCCCAGGGGAGGAGUGUCUCAGAGCGCCUCGGCGGACGCGGAGCCCCCCAGGACGGGGGUCCCAACGGAUCCCGGGGGAUCGCAGGGCACAAUGCAGAGAUAAAGGCCUGGAGAGGCUCGGGCCGUGACAGAACUUGGCCCUCCACUGUCCAGAUUCUUGCGGCAGGUGCCAAGGCAGGGUGCGAGCGAUUUGAUCCGAGGCCGCGGCGACGAGAGGACUCCCUCUCCGGGCAGUCAGUCGGGGGCGCCAUUGCCGCGCCUCAGCGCUCCGGCCUGUGGGCUGUCUCGGCUUCGGGUGGAUCAUGAAGGGCGGAGCCCCUGGGAAAGGGCCGGCCCUCACUCUGCGCUCCCCCGCUCCCCCCUCAUCCCAGGCCGCAGCCUGGGAUCCCCCAGGGACCCCUUGAAGCCGCCGUUUCCCCCAUGGACUUGCCUGGGGACCCCAGCCCUUCUGGCCGGCCGAAUUUGUGCCGUCAGCCCCUAGCUCGAGCGUUACGCGAAGCCAGGAGCCCGAAACGACCGAGGCUGCAGCCCCAGGGGGCCCCUUCACCCCUGGAAAAGGCUUCUCGGCGGGUCCUGGCCGUGGUGCUGGAAGAUGUCAUGGCUCCUCAUACGGUCUCCCUAACCCGACAAAAGGAGAUCUCCAUCCCAUGGGACCACAGCAACCACCAAGAUGCUGUCUGUCACCAGUCACCCUCCUCAGCACCCAGGCAGGUCAAGUGGUCUUCUCAGGCCAGGCCUCCUGACUCACUGCAUUUAUGCAGAGACCCCUUAAGCCGAACCCACCGAUCUUCUACCCUGAGGCGGCGAUCAAGGAUAAGCCCUGGCCAGGAAAGCAGUCCUUCACCAAAGGUGGACCGGACCCCGCAACCCACCCUGGUGGUGUUGCUGGAAGAUAUUGGUGCUCCCAGGCCCCCAGCAGAGGGCUUCGUCGAUGAGAGCCCCAACUGCAUCAUCCCAGCACAGAGAGCUGAGCUUGUGACGAUGAUUCACCAGUCAGGACCUGAUCCCCCAUUCCAGCCACGCACCCUGCCUGCAGACCAUCUGGACAGCCCAACCCCAGCCCCAGAUCCCGUUCUGGAGCCCCCAUCAACCCCACCACCAUCCAGCCUUCUACGCCCCCGCCUCAGUCCCUGGGGCUUGGCUCCCCUCUUCCGUUCUGUGCGCUCCAAGCUGGAGAGUUUCGCUGACAUCUUCCUCACACCCAACAAAACUCCAGAGCCUCCACCUCCGUCAUCCCCCAUGAAGCUGGAGUUAAAGAUUGCCAUCUCAGAGGCUGAGCAGUGCAGGGCUGCCGAAGCAACAACAUCCAUCAGCCCCCGGCCCCCUAUCCGCCAAUGGCGGGCUCAGCAGCACAGUAUCCCUACCCCUCUCUCUAAACUCUCUCUGGGCCGAAGUCACUCCUGCCCUGAUCUGGGGCCCCCUGGGCCAGGCACCUGCACCUGGCCCCCUUCUCCACCCCAGCCAAGCCGGCCACGCCCACGACGGCACACUGUGGGCGGUGGGGAGAUGGCCCGUGCCCCACCACCUCCUCUGCCCUGUCUCCGGAAAGAGGUCUUCCCUCUUGGGGGAGUAGGAGCCUCCGCUUCUCGAGCCACAUCUUGCGCGUCCACUGCAUCUACUUCCUCCUUCUCUGAACCAGCAGAACCCAGGUUGGGCUCAACCAAGGGGAAGGAGACCAGGGCCUCAGAAGACCAGGUGCUUUCAGACCCUGAGACCAAGACUAUAGGAAAAGUUUCCCGAUUCAGGAUACGCAGAACACCCAACCGUUCUCAACUAAAUCUUACGCCAAUGGGGCUGCCCCGACCAAUCAGAUUGAACAAGAAGGAGUUCAGCUUGGAAGAAAUUUAUACCAACAAGAAUUAUCAGUCACCCACAACCAGGAGGACCUUUGAGACCAUCUUUGAGGAACCACGGGAGCGCAAUGGGACUCUGAUUUUCACCAGCUCCAGGAAGCUCCGUCGGGCUGUAGAAUUUCGAGACAGCAGCCUUCCUCGAUCCCGUCGGCCAUCCCGUGGAGUCAGGGCUACCACUGGCAGGACUGUUACUCCCAACCUGGCACCCAGCCCAGAUGUGGGCCCUCUGCUGCAGAAGCGGCUGGAGGAACUAGAUGCCUUGCUCCUGGAGGAGGAAAAAGGGGAUGGGGAGCUGCUCCAUCAGUCCUAAGAACUCCGGCCGUUUUUCCGUCCACCUCCUAGAGGCAGCUGAAACCUCUGAGGCAGUUAUAUUUUUUUCUUUAUAUUUCUAGUAAAAUUUUCAAUGUUUCUGA